AUGGGCUUGACUCGUUAGCCUUGACUUCUUCAAUUGUCCCUCCGCAUAUCAACUUUUUUAUAUAUCUAAAGAAACCCCCGUCCGCAAUGACAUUUUGGGGUGAAUUGGAAGACAAGGUCAGCCAGUUAAUUUCAGAACUGGUUCCUCUGCAGGCUGACUGGCUUGCAAGUUUCAGUUCGUGCACAGUACAGUAAAGCAACUCGCUUGGUCAGAGGAUUGCAAUGAAACCAGCUCAGGAGCGCAACCAGGAGUGCCUGCCUCCUAAGAAGAGGGACCUCCCUAUUAGUAACAGCAGUGGAGGUGGAGGGACAGCAGGAGGUUCAGCUGCAGGAGGUGGUAUUGGAGAAGACAAAGUGGUUUCCAUCCAGAAUUCUGCAGUCAUCAGUGACACUCAGGGAGGGAUAGCAUCUGGGGAGUGGCUGCGAGCUCAACCAGGACUUCAUUAUGGAGUGGAUAAUUCAGAAAGGAUAUCAGCAGUGCCUGUUGACCAGUACAGCAUGCUUUACAAAGUGGCUGUUCCAUCUGUUACCUACUCACCUACCAGUCUUCAGCCAGUGUUAAGCCACAUUCCUCCGGCAUAUACCGUACACUCUCCUCUCCUGCAGCAUCCAGGCCUGCCCUAUUCUCCUCUUGGUUAUACACAGAUCCCUCAUUCAUCGCUUCAGUUUGUUGGCUCCCCUUAUGCUGCUGUACCCUAUGCUUUACCCCCCAGCUUUGUCCCAGGAUCAUUGAUAUCUCCCUCAGGCACCAUUUCUCAGACCCAUGCUGUAUCCCACCUGGUUCCCUAUCCAUCUGUCAUACAGGAAGGCGUUGUUUCCCCACCUCCUCAGGCUCAGGUAGCUGCUCAUACCUUUGCCAAAGUUGCAGCUUCAAGUGGGGUCCCACUGAUGCUGCCUUCAGAGCAAGCUGCCCAGCAGCACCUUGGUGCUGUUGGAGUUCUUCCUGGAACAGAGCUCGGCUCCCGAGGGAUACCAGUCUUCUACCACCCUCAGGAUAGCAGGGCUGCCUCUGCCACCAGAGACUGCCACAGUUCCAAGCCGGAGAAUGAAGCAGAGAUGAAUGGAGGAGAUAAAGAGCAGGGAGUAAGAGAGGUUAUACCAGAGUCUGCUUACACUGCCAGAAAUGCACAUCUGCCACUGGCAGCAUGCAGUACUGCAGCUCAGGAGCACAGCCAAGAGAGAGUCCUGCAGAACAGGAGGCUGGAAGAGAGAAACUCACCUGGUCAGCGCAGCACUCCAGACAGUGAUCUGGAGGUGCAGCAGGUGGUUGGCCGUUUGGCUUCCUCAAGCCAAAGUGGUAGUGGAGUACGGAAAGAGGUCUCAUUUGCUCCACUGAACCUCUCUCAGGGUGGGCAGAGAUCCAGAGAUGUUCAGGGAGAGAGCACAGGUGCAGUUUCUGGCAGGACUGUGUAUGUGGCCCAGCCAUCAAGUUACAGUGAUCACAAAGUGACUGGUCUCCAGCAGCAAACAGGGCAACAAGGUCAUGCUGUCAUUCUUGCCAAUGGACAGCCUGUUCUUAUUCCCCUCGAGUAUCACCCACAGCAUCAACCCCAUGCACCACAGCAACACUACCCAGGACAGGCUAACAACACCUCAGCCAGCCAUGCCUCUACCACCACGGCCUCCCCUAACACAAGCUUUAAAACCUCUGAAUCUUCAGCCAGAGUGUGCCUCCCUGAAAGGGCGGAACCAACCACAGCUCAGCAGCAGCCGCCACCGGUCCAGCCUACAGCAGAUGUGACUCAGGCUUUAGCUUCAACCCUCACUUCUGCUCCAGCUCCUUCUAACCCAUCACACUUUAUGAAGGGGGCAAUUAUUCAGCUGGCCACUGGGGAGCUCAAGCGUGUGGAGGACCUGCAAACUCAGGAUUUUGUGCGAAGUGCCGAGGUGAGUGGUGGGCUCAAGAUUGACUCCAGCUUGGUGAUGGACAUCCGUGCCAGCCAGCAGAGACCAGGUCUUGUAUCACUUCAUUUUACUGUGGGGGAGCAGCAGAGCAAAGUGACCAUAGAUGUACCCCCAGAGCACCCCUUUUUUGUGUUUGGUCAGGGAUGGUCGUCUUGCAGCCCAGAACGCACAGCCCAGCUUUACGGCUUGGCUUGCCAUCAUCUACAAGUUGGAGAUAUGUGUGUGUCCAUCACUCUGCAGCAGCAGUUUCAAUCACAGCAGCAGAAACAACCACAGCACCAUCAUGCACAACAACAUCAACAGCAGAACCUGUCUAGAACUUUAAGCAAAGCCAGUGCUACAUCAGGACCUGGUCACCAGAUCAUGGGGCCUCCGGCUCCUCAGCAGUCACGCCCUCUAAGGAUGGACCGCAUGCACAGAGAAAGACAGAAGGAUGGAGAGAAAGAUGUAGGUGAUAAGGAGGAAGCUACACAGUUGGGGGUUGUUGGACACAUCGAAUCACCCAUCAGACCAAGUAGGACCUCUUCAGAGCAUCCAAGGAGUCAGAGCAGUUACCACUUGCACACAGAAGGCUCUGCAUUUGCAGAUGCAGGCAUGGGAGUAAUGCAAGCUGCACUAGGUGCUUCUCAGAGGCGCUGGUCUUCACCUGGUCUCCAAAGAUACAAUAUGAAAGGAGAUGAAGGGCCACGCCCCCAGAUAAUCACCUCCGGCCACACAAGGCCUUCUUUUAUUCCACAGGAGGUCAAACUGUCCAUUGAGGGGCGCUCUAAUGCAGGCAAGUAGCAUCACAUAUGGUAGCAAAUAUAGGAGAGACUGCCACGAGUAAGAAUGAGUCUGACAAGGAGAGAAAGAGGAAAAAAAGAGUGUGAAUGUAGCCUCAGAAUGUUUGAGAUUUUGCACACCUAGAAUAUACAAAGACAAAUGUUCAUUAUCCAUCUGGUGAGAAGUUCUGGUUUAGUUGUCAAUCAGCCAGAGGAUACUAACCUUUAGUUUCCCAGCCAGCUGAGGACGGACAGGGACAUGAAAAGUUGAGUAGAAAUUAUGUAGCUGAUGAAAUGCCUGCCAUAGUCCUUACACACUGCUUUUCUCUUCCUCCCUCCCUCCUUUGUCUCUACUUUCUCAUACCCAAACCUGCAAGUUGCCAUCACAUUCACAACAAAUUGGCUUCACUUUUUGACCAAAACUGUGUCUUUACAAGACCAUAGACUACAAAUGUAUGUAGCAACACAGGGAAGCUACCAGCUCUGAUGUGUAGAAAAGCUCGCAGCCAGUGAUCUGUUAUUUUCAGCGCUCCGACGAUCCCGUUUCCAUCAAAAGCAUUUACCCCACCAAAAAAAGAGUAGAGUUCUAUGAUGAUGCUGACACCAUUGAUGCUAACUGUCAGUGUACCUUACAUUGUGCUACAGCCGUUACCUCUGCUGUCAGCAGGGAUCCUCCCUCCGCUCAUUCUUUAUCAGUAAGCCAGUCUACAAAUACUGGAAUCCUCUCUUGGGCAAAGUAUGGCUGUUCGCCUUGUCUUACAAUCAGAUGGUGAAAAAUCAAUCAGUGUGUUCAGCAAUCAAUUUCCUCUUCCUUGGUUUAGGUUAAAGUUCAUAAUGCAACCAUUAACAAAAAUGCCAGAGAUUGGAAUAAUGGCUUGUUCUCUUUAAUAAGGGAAAUCUUGCAUUCCAGUUUCAUUAGUCGGAAUAACAUUUAGAUUAGAUUUUUCUUUUUCUCCCGACAGUCAUCCUUUCCUCCUUACUAUACCUCAGACCCUACCAACCAGACAGAUGAACUUCAGUGUUAGGCAGUGUAACUGAUGCAGGAGGUGCCAGCUUUGCUCACUAAAGCCACCUGUUGGAGUAAACCAUUGGGACAAUAACCUGUCCCAUCACUGGCUGCACCACCACCCAAACCCUACUGUUGUAGGGAAACACUGUGUGUGAGUGAGGCAGUGAUGAGGUGACUCUUUGUUCUAAGCUUGAGUUGGACGUUUCUCAGUUACCAAAUGAAAGCAAUAGUUAAUUUUGCAGCACUCGGCUGCACUGUCCUCCCCAAGGAAUGUCAUUGUGGGGCUGUGUUUAUCUGAGGAGUGAGAUCUCACUCUUCAGACCCUGCUUUUAAAGACGAUGCUGGUCUUCAUUUCCAUCAGUUCAGUACUAGUUCUACUCAAACAAAGCAUGGCAAAUUACUGAAGAACUCAUUGGUUCUCCAUUUCUAAUUUAUGUUGUAUGAAUUUACAGGAGUGCAUCUUUAAGGGAGACCUGAUGCUAAUUGCGAUCAUUAGUUUAUUUUCUUAUGACGCUUUAUUUCAAAGUAUGUGGUCCUGUGCUUUUGUACUAGGCUAACCUUUAUCCAGUGGAUCUUAAGAUAAUUUUGUGUUGCACAGAUGCCACCUAUAGAUUUCACACUGACGUUGAAAUAGGAAUCACAUUCUUUUUUUUUUUUUUUUGAAGGGAAUAUGUUUGAAGUAGUGUUGUGGGUUAUGUGGCAAGAAAAAGAGACUGACUUGUAUUUCUGUUUACAAAUUAGCCAAGAUGAUUGCUGCAGUUUUUUUCCUUCUGACAUAUAUUUUUACCUAGGAAAAUAAAUCAAAAGGGUGUAAUUGAAAAUAAGUGCAAUUAGACUACACAUGAAAGCAUUCAAAGGUUUAUAAUCAGAUGACAUUCCUCAUGCACACAUUCCCAUCAGAAAGUGUAAAUGAUACAGUGCCAGUUUUCUUUUCUGCCAUCAAUCUUUGGACUUACCUCUGGCAAAGCCUUUGAUCACUUGGCUUUGAUAAAAUAAAUAAAAUGAAAUAGCUAUCCACCGGUCAUUGGACAUGCUCAAAAAGUUAUUCUCUGUUACUGUUAUUGUGAGAAGCUUUAAAACAUGGGUUCACAUUUUUCCUUAAACAUAAUUCGUGUUUCUCUCACACACCUACAUCACUGUAAUUAUUCCUUUUGUCCGUUAUGGCACUAUGUUUCCUUCCUGAUGCUAACUGCAGUCUAGGAGAUGUAGUUGUCUCUCAGUAAGUCCAUUAAAAUAAUAACACGAGGCAUUUGAAUGCACAACUAGACAAAUUAAGUAGGAUUCUCCAAAGGGUAGUUAUUGAGAGACGACAUUAAUCUUUUUGGUUCCUGUUUCUUCCCUCCAGCUUUGCAAGUACAAAAGAAAGCUAUGCAGGGAAAAACAAAAAGGGAUUUUUACACCAAAAUAAAUAUUUUUGUGUUAUACCUAAGGGAUUUGUCUUACACUGCAGAGGUUUUGUAUUAUUUUCAGAUGAACUUUAUGUGAAUUUUGACCCUUAUUUCAGUAUUUAAACAUAAAUCUGGACGGUGUCUCUUUACUGCCAGUAUGGACAAGAGGAAUGAUUGCAUUUAACUCUAUUAGUGUUGGUUUAUUUUUUUUUUAAACUACAGUUAAUUAAACCUUAGCUAUUACCCCAUGUUUUUGUUUUUCAUUUUCAUUCUGUAAGCAAUAUAUUACAACAGAAGACAUUUUGUGUAGGCUUGGCGUUUUCUAUGCAGUAAUCUCAGUACUGUGCCCUUGACUGUCUCCAGUUCGGCUCUGAAGCAGCAGGGCAGGUUGGCCGAUGGUCAUUUUACACUGAUGUCUGGUUUUAGGGUUUUUAACUUUAAAUAAUUUUAAUGCCAUUUUUCUAUUUAACGUGAUUCUUAUCGUUCUCAGUGCUGAGUGACAAAUUAGUACUUUAAAAAUAAAAUAAU